AUGCCUGGUAAUCUGGUAUUCCAUGUGAAAAAUGGGGUAAGAAGCAUCAAGUAUAAACCAGUAGACUAUCAACAAUUACAUGCAUUAACUGAAGCCAAAAAAUUAGCUUCUGCUUCUAUACAACUAAAGAUCAGAAGAACAGUACAGACUUCAAAGGACUCUAAAGAACUAACACUAAUAAAGCAACACAAGCAAGUGUGGUGGCAAGAACACCAAAGGCUAACUGAACUCAGAUGUAAAUUGGAACUGGAAAUAAAAUCCUUUCUCAAUGAAGAGAACAUUGGAGAUGAAUAUCUUUCUGACCUUAUAGAUUUUGAACAAGAGUUAUCAGAACAAUGGUGUCAGUAUCUUAAAAAUGUGGUAGAUCCUAUUCAGCAGUUGAGAGCAGAUCUGAAAUACAGACAGCAUCACAUUUUACAGCAUUCAGACCCAAAUACUGAGUUUAAUGCAGUCAAAGUGCUGGAAGAGGUUGACUUUGUGAAGAAACAAUUGAAAGCUGUUUCUGAAAGACUUAACCUGGAGCAACAGAAAAUACAAAAUGAUCUUUCAGAUUGGAGUAUGAAAAUACUAGACCAUUCUUUAGAAGAAAAAAGUAACCUGCUUAGUGAACUGCCAGUUGAAUUAGAAACUUUAGAAUGUCCAUGCCCUGAUUUGAAAUCUUCAAUCCUUAGUGAAUUCUGUACCUUUACACAGAAAUAUCAAAGGAAACUUCAAGAUUUUGAUCUACAGUUAGAAGAGAUAUACAGAAACUUCCAAUUAAGUGAAGAAGACCACUGGAUUUACCAGGCUGUUUUGGAUCAGUAUCCUAGAGAUCUCUUUGCUAGAAGGACUCUGUAUCUGGACAUGUUACAAAGAUAUUUCCCUCACAAAUCUAGGCAUGAUCUGGUCCAACAUGAGAAAUACUGUGAGCAAUAUCGCUUUGCUAGGGAGCAGCGAAAGAUCUUGAUAUCAAAUUGGAAUAAGAACAGAAAACACUUUAUACGGAAGGCAGUGAUGACCCUGGCUGAGGCCUGUGCAACUCAUGAAAUGGAGAUUACUUUGGCUAAAGAUAGGAGAAAGCAACAGGAAUUGUGUGCUGAUCUGAAAGCCAAGGUUAUUCAAUGGCGAACCCACCAGGAAGAUGUAGCAAGACUGGAAAUGGAUAUUUCUGCCAGACAAAGAGAAAAGGAAAAGGAGAAAGAGAAACUAUGGAAGAAGAAGGAAUUAUUGCAGAGAGAGGAGAAGAAAGAUAAAAUAAGAAAAUUCUGGACUAAGAAAGAACAGAAGUGGCAAGAAAUGGAAACGAGAGAUCUUCAGCGUCUAGAAGAACUGAAGAAAUUAAUGGCUAAACAGUCAGCGAAAGACAGAGAAAGGGUGAAAUAUAGACAAGAAUUAUUGGAAAAGCGUUUGGUGGAGAAAAAAGAAGUGGCCCUUCAAGAAGCACAUGAAGAAGAGGAGAGAAUGAGGCGGCUAGAAGCCCUCAGGAAACAGGUUGCUAUUGUGGCUCACUUUGAUCCUGUUAGAAUGAUGUCAGAUACAAUGGCAUCAAAAGCUAGGAUGAAAAUUGGAAUUGAAGAAGAAUUUAUUCUUCAAAAGCCACUCUUCCCAUUGAAUACAUACAAUGAACAGCAGAUAAUUUCUGACCCUAGACUUCGCUUUGAGUUAGCACUUCGAGAAGCCGGACUUCAUAAAACAUUUUAUGCCAAAGAGAUGUUACCAAAAAUUAGUCCUCAAAAACCUCCACGAAAGGACUUGGAGUCUACCAUAUUUAAAAUCUAG